GAAUGCCGAUUGCCCGAUUGAUUUCGUGAGAUUGGGUCGGGUUUUCGCCGACAGUUUUUUAUUAAAAUAAAAAUAUCGGCCGAGCUUGCUGUUGAUUUAUCGUGUGAAUGAACAGCAGAUCAAUCGAAGUUACCGUCCUUUCCAAUAAUAGUAAAAAUGCGCACAAAUUUUACAUAAUUUUAGUUAAAUAACUUUGGAUAGUUUUAUACAAUAAAAUAUAAAUCGCGAGAAAUUGUAAAGGUAGGCGUCCAUCAUGAGAAUUUAUUAUGUAUUGUUGUACGUGUGUGUUGUGAGUGCUGGUGAGGAGCCAGAGGAGGAGGUUCAUAGGAGGAAGAUUAUCGAGCAGUUGACCAGGACUCGGACUGUUUUGCUGGAUGAUUACCACUUGGUGACCAGGCAGGUCGCCACCGAUGUAUAUAUGUAUAGAAGCUACCGCACAGUUUCCGUUGUGUUUUACCCCGUGAUGAGGGGGGUCACCGACGCGCGCUUUACGUUCCAAUCGGAGGAGAUGCACUUAAAUAAUAUUGGGUCUUGCAGCCCCCAAGAGGUGAUAGUCAACAUCAAGCAUGGCUCGUAUCCAGCAGUAAAUCCUGAUGGGUACGACUUCCCCCCAUUCUUCGUGGAUCCGGCGACUCGGGAGAACAUUCAUACCCUGGAACUGCUCUCUGAUGGUCUGAACAGGACAUAUUCGAUCACCAACCCAAGACCUGGAAACUGGUACGCCUUGGUGUACAUCAAAUGGGAGGACCCGAGGACGCAGAAGGUUGAGCAACAAGGCUUGGUUGCGGACUGCCAAACAAUAUUAUACACAGAUUUACAAGUGAAAAGAGAAGACUCCAUCGAACUAAUAGACUGCCACGAUAAUCUAACUUUGGAUUACUCGGAGAUACCGAUUUACUUUAAAUGCAUUACUGCAGAUAGCCCACUGCCAUUAAGAUUGAAUGUAACAGUUCUCAAUACUCCCGAAGACAAUAAACAGGUGACCUUUAAAGUGCAGGCGCUGUCUCUGCCGACAGAAGAGAGCAACUUGGUGCACUGCGCGUUCGAUUCGAAAGAGAGCAAGGUACAAACGAUAUCGUUCACACCGCACCCAGUUGCGUGGCACUAUAUCCGCAUCGAGCUCAUAGACAAUGCCUCAAGAGUGGCAGAUUGCGAGUCCUACUACAUGCGCACAGAUUUAGAAGAAAUAGACAAUAAUACCAUUUUCGAUCUUAUGCGCGAUGACAAAGGACGUUUCUUCACGUUCAACUACGGACUCCCAACCACUGAUUUGCAAGACGCGACGAGUCUGAUCAACGUCACCGCAGGCGAAAUAAAGAGCGUGAGGUUCAAGGUCAACCAGUUCCUCGAUAUCGGAGGGAGUCUCCAAAUCGAAGCCAGUCUGCUUAUGAGCCUGAAGUAUUACAUGGGAUAUAAGAGAGAGGUGCACAAAGGUUCUCUCCUCGCGUUCACUGAAGACAACCAGUUCAUCAGGGCCGUCAUUUGCAUGGACAUCGGCCACCCCAGUAUUCCUCUUGAUACUGGUCACUGCAAGUACAACGAUCAAGUCAAGCCGGCGUUAUUCAUCCUGAACAGUACAGACUCUGAAACCAUAUACGACAAGAUUAUAAUUCCGUUCCCGGACAGCGGGACGUGGUAUCUGACGCUGAGGAUAUUCUGCGACCAGGUAGUGUGUCCUUGCCCUACUUCAGAUAAUGGGACUAAGUAUUACGUGUCUGAUUCGUUAGACGAGGAGGAGGUAGUGGACGAUAGCAUUGCAUCUUGGGAUAAUACUAGACAGGGCACGUCAGACUGCAACACUACGAUAGUGCUGUCGGUGUCUUCGACCUCGUGCGUCAGCGGCCGCUGCAGCAACCACGGCAGCUGCUUGCUGAACACUUUCGGGGGACUGGUGAUGUCAUUCUGUUCUUGCUCUGCUGGAUACGGAAAUUGGGACUGUUCUGACGACUCGAGGAUGGACAGCAGAGUGUAUAUGCUAGUCUCCGUGCUAUUACUGACGCUGAGCAAUCUUCUAUUCUUCUUCUCAAUUUACGUCGCCGUCAUUCGUCUCUACUACACGGAGGCCAUGAUGUAUACAUUCACGAUGCUGUUCUCGACGUUCUACCACGCGUGCGAUGCGCCUGCACAAGUGGCGUACUGCAUCGUAAGAGGUAAUAUUCUUCAGUUCGGAGACUUCUACUGCGGUUUGAUGUCCUUCUGGGUAACUUUGCUCGCCAUGAGCAUCGUCGGCGACAAAUUCAGAUCCACAUUCCAACUCAUCGGCGCCAUCGUCAUAGCUUUACUCACGACAUGGAACAUGCAUUCGUUUUUCUCAUUCGUCUUCCCUGUCGCCGUGGGCUGUGUCGUCCUGUUUCUAUCCUGGUACCUAGACUACAGAAAGAACGGGAUCAUGAAGUACCCCAAGUCGUAUUACACUAUUUACAUGCCCAUGGGUAUAGUAUUGGUGACUGUGGGUCUAGUUUGCUACGGGUUUCUUCAAACGGAGCAGAAUUACAAAAUUGUGCACUCGGUUUGGCACAUGAUAAUCGCGUUGAGUGUCGUAUUUCUACUGCCAGACGUGAAGAGGACUGAGGACACCAACCCGUUCGUUCCAAGCCCAAACUCUUGCCGACUGCCUUUUUGCAGGGUCUUCCACCGAUCUCAGGGCAUUGGCGCGAACUGAAUCCUCUGAACGUCUUUAGUUUAUGAUCAAGUACACAAAGGUGCAAUUAGUCUAGUAUGUAAGUUUUAAAUGUCACAAGAAUGUUUUUUCAGCUAGUCAUCCACGAGUACAGAAGAGAUUGUAGUAUUUUCCACAUGUUUGUAAUAAUGUGUGCUCUUUUUUGUAACUUUUAUAAAAUAGUCAAUGUAAUAUACACAUGACAAUAGUGGAAUAGGGUAAUUAUAACGUCUGAAACAAUGCAAGAAGACUGUAAUCGUAGGAUUUCAAUUUUUUC